AUGUCUCUCGAAAGCGAAGCAGUCGCCGGUACGACCCUCGAGCUCCUCGAGGCGCGUCUGCGCCGCCUCUCCUACCUCCUGACCGGCGGCACGGACUGGACGGGAGCCCCAUCAACGCCUGAGAAACCGGCAUCCCUCGACGAAACAGUAUCACGUCGCCUCGCCCGUCUGGAACGGGAGAUGGAAAAGCUGAGCAGGGCAGUCCCCGCUGUGCGGGAUGUGAUCCAACUGCAUGACCGCUUUCCAGACCUCUUCCACCCGCCCACGCCGCACGAUAUUCCCGAAGGCCUCACGCCCCGCACCCUCGCCUCCAUCGUCCUCUCCUACGCAACCGCCUUCCCCGAAACCGCCUCGCGCCUCACAUCCCUCAACGACCUGCCUGUUCCCGACGCGACGUCCUCCGCAUCUCUGAUCGCGCUGCAGCCACAGCUGGACCGGCUCGCGCAGACGCAGGCCGAGCAGGCGGCGGCUGUGUCGGAGCUGCGAGUGCGCACGGCGCGCGUGCUUCAGCGGUGGUAUGAGGUUGGACUUGUCGGGAGUGGGGAGUGUUGGGCUGAGUGGGAGGGGCGAUUGGAGGGGGUGGAGAGGGAGGUUCGGAGGAGGGAGGUUAUUCGGGAGAGGAUGGAGAAUGAGAUUUGA